GGGGGGGAGGGGCUUGCCCCUAACAAAGAUGGCGGACGGAAUCCACGGAAAAGGCGUCUCUCCUCGCCCGAUCUCGGUGACGCAAUUGUGGUUCCGGGUGACCGCCAACAGGCGCCAUUUUGUGUGGCUCGCGGAAAAACCAGCCGGGAAGACGGAGGCCACCGAAAAGCUACCAGUGGUACCGGGAGGCAAAGAAGAAGCGGGUGGGGUAUCAGAGAAGAUUCUUAAGAGAUCUUACAUGAUGAUGAUGUCACAAACACCUCCACAUUCAGAGAGUUAAAAGAAUAUAUAAAGAACUAGAGAUGUGGGAUCAAGGUGGGCAGCCUUGGCAACAGUGGCCUUUGAAUCAACAGCAGUGGAUGCAGUCCUUUCAGCACCAGCAAGAUCCAAGCCAGAUUGACUGGGCUGCAUUAGCUCAAGCAUGGAUCGCUCAACGGGAAGCAUCGGGUCAGCAGGGUGUGGUGGAACAGCAAGGGAUGAUGCCAAAUGGUCAGGAGAUAACAGGAAUAGAGCCAGGCCCAAACAGCCAUGGUAACUUCCAGGGUGAUCCGAACUUCAACAGAAUGUGGCAGCCAGAAUGGAGCAUGCCCCACCAACCCCCUCAUCCGCCUCCAGAUCAGCCAUGGAUACCUCCAGCCCCAGGACCAAUGGAUAUUGUUCCUCCAUCCGAAGACAGUAAUAGUCAGGACAGUGGGGAGUUUGCCCCUGAAAACAGACAUAUGUUUAACCAGAAUAAUCACAACUUUGGGGGACCACCACCUGAUAACUUUGCAAUGGGGCCAGUGAACCAGUUUGACUAUCAGCAUGGGGCUUCUUUUGGUCCACCUCAAGGUGGGUUUCAUCCACCUUACUGGCAGCCUGGACCACCGGGGCCUCCAGGGCCUCCAGCACCUCCUGCACCUCCUCAAAACCGAAGGGAAAGACCAGCAUUCAGAGAUCGCCAGCGUUCGCCUAUCACGUUGCCUGUGAAACAGGAGCCCCCUCAGAUUGAUGCUGUUAAGCGACGAACACUACCUGCUUGGAUUCGUGAGGGACUAGAGAAAAUGGAGAGAGAAAAACAGAAGAAGCUAGAGAAGGAGAGAAUGGAGCAGCAACGCUCUCAGCUCUCUAAAAAGGAAAAGAAGCAAAAUGCAGAGCCAGGAGAAGAGGAUGGUCCUCGAUUACCACAGAAAAGUAAAUUUGACACUGACGAUGAAGAUGAAGACCUUGAUAAUGUAGAAGCUAUAAGUAGUGGAAAGGUCACUAGGAGCCCCUCUCCAGCUCAAGAAGAGCAAAGUGAACCAGAAAUGACAGAAGAAGAAAAAGAGUAUCAGAUGAUGUUGCUGACAAAAAUGCUGCUGACAGAAAUUCUCCUAGAUGUCACAAAUGAAGAAAUUUAUUAUGUGGCUAAAGAGGUUCACCGCAAAGCAAUAAAAGCUCCUGCAAAACAGCUGGCACAGUCCAGUGCAUUGGCUUCCCUCACUGGACUUGGUGGACUGGGUGGUUAUGGAUCAGGAGACAGUGACGAUGAGAGGAGUGACAGAGGCUCUGAGUCAUCCGAUACUGAUGAUGAAGAACUGCGACACAGAAUUAGACAAAAACAAGAAGCAUUUUGGAGGAAAGAGAGAGAACAGCAGUUACUGCUAGAAAAACAGCUGGAAGAAGAAAAGCUCCAAAAUGAGAAAAUUGCAAAAGAGAUGAGCGAUCUUGCCAGUAAAGAGCAAAGCAGCAAUUCACCCGCAGAAGAUGCAAAAGAAGUGGAGGAGGAUGAGGAUGUAUUUAGUGAAAAGAAAAAAUCUCCAAAGGAAGUGACACCAGAUGCUGAACCCAAAAAAGAGGUUAAAGAAAGAACAGGAAGGAGUAGGUCAAAAAGUUCAAGCAGUGGUAGCUCAAGUGCCAACAGCAGAAGCAGCAGCAGUAGCAGCAGCAGUACAGCUUCUAGUUCAUCCUAUAGCAGUAGCUCUGGCAGUAGUCGCAGCUCUUCACAUUCUUCCUCCCCUAAAAGGAAAAAGAGGCGUAGUCGCAGCAGGUCACCUUCUCAUAAGGUUAGGCGCAGUAGAAGUAGGAGCUAUUCACACAGAACCAGGAGAGAAAGGAGUAGGAGUAGGGGCAAGGUAAGAGAAAGACGGAGAUCUAGUAGACACAGGAGUGUGGAAAGAGGGGAAAGAAGGCGAAAUCGUAGUCCUUCCCAUGAUCGGAACUGGGAGAGGCGUAGAAGUGAUAGUCAUUCAAGGGCUAGCCACUCCACUCGCAGUGGAAGUCGAGAUAGACGUAAAAACGAGGAUCCAUGUAGAAGUGUAAGUGGAAAUAGGCAAAAGCACAGUCACGAUAGUAAAAUCCAGGAGAAAAAAAAGGAACGUAGUAGAAGCACAGAAAAAGAUAAGAAAAAGAACAGGGAGAGAGAGCGAGACCAGGAUAAACGCAAAGAGAAACAGAGAAGAGAAGAAAAAGAUAGUAAAGCUGGCAAUCACGAUGAUAGGUUGAAAAGAAAAAGAGAUAGUGAAAGAACUUUCUCACACAGUGAAUCAGUAUCUUCAAAAAUGUUAAGGCACAACUCUAGGCAGGAAAGCAAGAGAAGUUCUACCAAAGAGAGCAAAAAACGUUCAGGUUCAGAAUCUAGCACCAGAAGCAGUUCUGAGUCACCAGGCAGCAGCAAAGAGAAGAAGCCUAAGAAGUCAAAGCAUAGUCGGUCACGGUCUGUGGAGAAAUCUCAAAGGUCUGGUAAGAAGGCAAGCCGCAAACACAAGUCUAAAUCACGAUCAAGGUCAAUGACUCCUCCUCGUCGUAAACGCUGAGGAAUAGUAUCACACUAGUCACAUGAUAUAAAAAUUCCAUGAGUUUUAAAGAGCUUGUCUCAUUAUCGAGGCUCAUUAUAGAAGCUACUAUUGUGGCUAUGUAGGUGAAAGCUGAACCCCCCCUUUUUUUAAAAAAAUCUGUAAAUAGCUGUAUUUUUUGGAAAUGCUGCUCGGAGUUAAGUACUUGCUAGGAUUUCUUUGUAUUUACAUUUUUUUCAAACAGUAGUGCUUACUAAGACUAUGAAAUAUGUCACUCUCUUUCAGCUGUACUGUUCUUAAAAUUGAUAUUGAAUGUACUGUGAUGUCAAUAAAGUUCUUUAGUUCAUUUUUGUUUAAAUUCUUGCAUUUUAAUUUAUUUUAAAAUAUCAGAAUAUAUUUACAGAGCACUUUUGUUUUGUAAAAUAAUUAAUUUGGUUUUAACAUUUGGUUUCAUUCUUGGAUAAAUCAAGGCUGAUCCCUGGAUUGAAAAUAGCUACCUGAGUUUUUGGGCUUUGUUUAUUUUUAAAACGUCCCUCUUGAAUCAUUAUCAUACCAUGUGUGAAUAAAGUGUGGAUAAUUAAUUCUAACUGUUAAGAUAUUGCAAGAGCGGCCAAGCACAAAUAGCAGUGAAGUACGAAUAACCAUGGAUGUACAGUGUGAGUUAAUAAGCUUUGGAACUUUAUUCGUCAAUAUCUGCUUUAGUGUUCAAAAACACACCUUGGAUAGUUCAUAUGGUUAAAUAAUCUAUUUUUUUCUGUAACUGUUGAAUUCAAAAUGAAGUUAACCAUAACUACAUCUUGCAACUAUUACUAGAAUUAGAUUUGUACUACAAAAUAAGGGUGCUCUUCAUAUUGUGACAUGAAGUUGAUUAUAGGGUUUUUGUUUUGGUUUGGUUUUUUGUUUUGUUUUGUUUUGGGGUCUGUUUCAACUAACUAAAACUGAGCUUCUUACAAGUACAGGUAUUUGCAAAUGAGCUGCUACAACUUGUUGCUCUCCAAAAGUGCUAUCAACAUCUAUUCCUUGUGAAUUUCAAAAUGUCAAAUAAUGCAUUCUGAUAGAGGACUCCUAGCAUUUUGUUUCUUUUAAGUGAAGCUGUGCAAUAUAACGUCACACUAUUUUUCUCUUUAGGACAAAGAAUCCUAGCUAAUUGUAAGCAACUAUAACUGUGCAUAUUUGGGAGUAAGCCCCACUUACUUAAUUUCAGUUAGACUUUCCUUCCAAGUAAACAUGCAUAGGGCUUCACCACUGAAUUGGAAGCCCUACUGUUUCUCUUUUGUCUAAAUUUAAGAGAGGGAGACCAGUACACUCUAAGGAACACAUGUUUAUUACUUGACAGUUUUCUAGCAAAGAAAUAAUCUUACUCUGUAGUUGGUUUAAGAAAGCAAAACAAAGGGGCUAAGUCCCCCCCCCCAUUUUUUCUCCCAUUUGUUUUAUAAUCAACUGCUGAGGAUUAUAGCUUUCCAUGAUCUACUACAAUUGUUUUUUAAUUUUAGACUCCUGUAAAUCUGUUAAAUAAACAAGAUUGUGCAUGAAAUGUUUAUAUAUGCCAGCAGUUGGAUUGUCACUUCCUGUAACUAUGGAAAUUGGGUUCACUUUCGCACAAGUUCACUCAUCUGGGUAAUGACUGUGUGCCAAUAAAGAGAGACUACUCUUCUGUA